AUGGGUUUUCUAUCGAAGCGCACAAAGACCAAGACGCGGCGGUAUCUCCGCGACAUGGACCAGAUCCAAGCCGAUCUGAAGUCUCCGCGGCAUCUGGCGCAGCACAAGGAGUCCAAGCCAGCCGAGGACCUGCCGGGGCUCGGGCUGUACUACUGCGUCGAGUGCGCCAAGUGGUUCGAGACGGAUAUCAGCUUGCUGACGCACCGCAAGGGCAAGCCCCAUAAGCGCAACCUCAAGGCACUGCGCGAGGGUCCUUUCACGCACGAAGAGGCCGCGGUAGUCCUCCGGACAGACAACGGGCCAGUCAGAAUGUCAGAAAAAUCGCAGGAGAUUGAGAUGGAGACGUAA